AUGACAUUUGACUCAUCUUGGGAUGUUGAUAAAUACAGAUCUGAACAUGAAUAUGAAGAUCAUUGGCAGUUUAGGCGUCAGUUUUUAGUUGCUCAUCAAGAUAAAUUUCCUGAAGAUCGAUUAGUUUGUUUAGCCCAAGUCUUUUUUAAUAUUGAGUUUUUAGGAUGCCAGUACCCUAAAAAAGUCAUGGACCUUAUUGAAACAUUAUCUGAAGGUUUAGCUGAUGACCUAAGAGAAAAACGUAAAGGAAAAUUACAAAGAACCUUUGUUGCAGCCUCAGAUGCUGCCGAAGCUAAAGCUAAGCGCUGUAAGUAG